UUUUGUAUUCGCAAACACAGCGGAAUUCGAGUUCGCCGAAACUUGGGUGACGUCUGUCAAAACAUGUGGAAUGCAGCCGGUAAUAACAUGGUCGUGGGGACGGACAUGACAGUGGAUACAUCAUCUACAGCUACAAACUUGUUUACUGUAACUUCGACCGGCCAAACCAAACUCCAGCAGCCAGUAUACACUAGCUUCAAGGGUAAAAGCUACAGUACUUCUCUUCUACUCUAUGUAAUAUAUAUUAUUAACAGAGAAUUAAUCCCGAAUCAAUUAUUCACUACUCCCUGAAUUAAUUUGAGUUAUUCUGUUAGCAUCCUAUCCGAGAAUAGCUUAAGCUGAAGUAAUAAAAAAAAAUUCAAAAACAAAAACAGAAGGAAAAAAAAACAAAAAAAAACGAAUAAGACUGAAACAAACAACAGCAGCAGCAGCGGCGGCAACAAUUAAAACAACAACAGAAAACAAUUUUGCAAAAGGCUUAAGGUGCCUAAACAAGUGAAGGAGUUCUUAAGUUAAACCAACGUGUCUUGAAUGAAGGUUAAGUUUUAUCAGUGAAGGUUAGUACUUAGGGAACUUCCCGUUAUCAUGAAAUCAAUAAAAUGCGUAACACUGGUUUCUUCUGAGCACACCCUUAUACAUGAUGUGGAUAGCUUUCAAGUACAGCUGGCUUCCUCUCAACUCCCCCCUGCACUUGCUCCAUGAAUUAAUUACCGAACAUGUUCCACAAGAAUCUCCGGUCCCUGCUUGACUAUUGGCUGGAGAAAAAUUUCUUGGCGACAAUUGUUGCCCAGCGGCUCUCCUUCAGAUGGGUUGAAAAAUGAAAUACCAAUAAACCACCUAUUUUCAGUUGGUCUAGCCUCAGGAAAUAUAAGCCGAGGCGAUGCAAGCUUUCUAGUCUUCUUCGUCUUUCCAUUUGAUUUGUAUAUACUGCGUAGCAAGCUAGUCAUUCUCCCAAAAGGUCAAAAAUUUAAUUUGUAAACUACAUUUAUGCACAAGAUUUUCAACUGGAUGAGUAUGUUGUAUGAUAAGCAAUAUGAAGGUAAACUUUGGGCAGUAGACAGUUACCAACAAGUAUGGCAGCUUCUGUAGGAGGGUUCUACUCCACAUCAUUUAAAAAGGCGUUAAGUGUACGUACAUCAUAUUUGCUUUGUUGGAGCUAACUUGGUUUUAAAAUUCUGCUAAAGCCCUUCUAGAUAACUACAUUUUAGACGAGACAAAGCCAGAAAUUCCUGCUUCUCAGAAGUCACAAGAGGAAGACAACUUUAUCAACACUAUCGCCGUCGAAGGAGGUCCCGUAGAUAUUGCUUUUAAAUAUCUAAAGACGAAUGGAAAGACUACAGCAACAGUAAGAUUUUUUUUUUUGGAAUGUUUUGUCCUCCUCCUUCUCCGAAUUAUACGAAGCGUGAAGGAAGCGUUGUGUGGAAGCCAUCCUCGAGCACCUUUCCAUAUCAAGCACUGACGUGGCUCAGUAAUUAACCUCUUCUUCCAACCUUUCUUGAAUGCGGCUUUUCACUGUGCACCAGUCUCCCUCAACCCCAGCCACCGCCUUGAAGGCGGCGAAGGCGCUACAUAUUUGAUUAUUAUUGAUGCAGCAUUUGAAAUUGGCCACCGCGAGCAACAAAGUAUUAUAUAAGCCUGAAACUUUAAAGAGCACGGCACGAACAGGACAAGGAUGCACAAAAUGAAAAAAAAAAAAUGUAAAACAGGUUAGAGAACUGUUAAGACGUCCGUUGGCCCAUGUUAGUACAUGUUAGUAGAUAAAUGUCUGUUGUUUUAAACUUUGGAUCACAGCAUCCUUUUCUGUCUCAUAGAUGUGGUAUUAGAAGUAAUUUCUUUCAUAAGUUUAGCAUUUUGGCUAGAAACUCAUAGUAACAAAAUUGAUUUAGCCGAAACUGUCCCGUCACAGCUGUUGAAGGUUAAACUAACAUAAUUUUCAGGUUGCUAGUCUCUAGACUACAUGUUUCAAUAAUUCAAAUUUUUUACUGUUAGUGGUGUCUUGUUUUCUGAAAUCUCCAACAGGACCUAAACGCUUUUAAGGCAGCAUUGAAGACGAUGUGGUUUACUAAAUACGCAAAAGGAGGAGGCGUACCGCAUUAUUCUGGAUUUGAGCAUACAUUUGUUGGUGAGCACAUUGCCAAAUAAAGAAUCGGUUUUGAGGCCAUCGAAAUGUAACCUUCCCCCUCCACAUCCAGUCUCAUAAACCACACAAAAUCCUUUAUGAUUUUGUUUAAACCUAGGGCUUUUAUUAAAACCUAAAUGUUUUGAACUUUUGACUGUAGACUUUUUAGUCUUAAUCAUCGAUGAUACAAAACCUCGAUGUAAAAUGCGUUAUAGCCUCUGCCAGCCUCUCGGUCAGUGCAGACGAGCGAAAAAUGCAGGCGAGCAGUAAAAAAGCGAGCGAGCGAAAGAUAACGGGAGGAGAGAAGGGGAGAGCCUGUAAGCAUCUCACGAAUACCGCACAGUCUGCCCACUUGCAGAAAAACCGUUUCUUGUAUCAAAAUGACAAAGUAAAAAUGUCAAAAUGUGCGUGUAGGAGGGUUUCGCGCGCUCGCUACGAUUUUUCUUUUUCUCUGCGUGAGCGAAGCUAAGCGAUUGAUGUGGUUGACAUAAACUGUCAAAAUUGACCAAUCAUAUAGGGCAUACUAGGAGCUGGUGGUAUUCCGGAAUGUGGUAUUGAAAACAAACUAGCAAAUAGAGACUAAUUUAAACUUUUAACCAUUUUUGGUCUGUACUUUUUCCUGACGUCAAGUUUUGUGGAAUUAUGCUAUGGCAAGCGAAGAUAAUGUAGGUUAUGGUCUAAUUUCGCGCCAAAACAGACUGCGCCAAAGACGAAGUAAGAAUACGUAAAGACGGUUUGCGAAACAGAAAUUCGGCUAUUUCGUAUUCGGAUAGCCAAGAACUUUGCCUGGAAACGAGGUUGCUAUUUUAUAUACCUUCGAAUAGGUUGGUUAUUGCCUUUUCAAAUGUGGUAAGCGCCACGUGGCUACGAAGAAUUUAGCCGGGGGAUUUGAGCCAAUCAGAAACGGUGAAAUAUUUUGGGUUAUAGUCUCUUGUUACUUCCAACUAUUGAAAGGAGACGUUCGGCUGGCCAGAGAUCUUUUAAAUUACACACACACACAUAAAACGAAAAUAAAAUAAAGCCAAAUAUCAUCACGUUAACAAAUCUAAUACGUUUAGCAAUGCGGUCUCAAGGGAUAAUAAAGUAAUGCUUUAUUUAAAAUCCUGGACUACCACAAUGUCAGUUAAAUGAGGACGUUCUUGCAUAAAUUACUUCAUCAGGUGAACUGGGCGUCGGCACGGGAGGGACAACGGUAGUGAAAGGUCUUCACAACUGGUACCAGUUUCUUCUUGAACAGACGGCAGGUAGAUUGGCUUACUCUCCACCCCCAAAGAAUGUUGUGGAUUCGACUAAAAAGGUAAGGGUUUAAUCAAAAGAAUAUGAUAGUAUCCUAACAUGGUCAAUGGAGAGACACUUCACUAAAAAAUUCUAUCCUUCAGUAGAACUUGUGAUUGUUUUCGGUGAGUCAAUGUCUCUCUCGAAAUCUCCCUCACGUUAGACGUCCUCAUGAUCAGUCAGGGGAGUUUGCGAAAGAGACAAUUCGCGCAAGCAGGAUAGGUGAAACUUCCUCUGAUUUGUAGAAGUAGAACAUGAUGCGUUUUUUGCAUCAGAUGGAAACUCGGAAAAAAUCCUAGGCCCAGAUGGGAUUCGAACCCACGAUCCUCGGUGAUCUAGUCAGAUGCUCUAACCACUGAGCUGCUGGAGACUCCAUGGCGUACAAGGGUGAAAGUAGGUCUUUGACUAGAACUGCAUCACGCAGUCACAUAGUCAAACCAGAACAAGCACGUAUGACUCAUGAAUAACUGCAUCACUCAGUCACAUUAAGGUAUCGUAGAUGCAACCACCACAAAGUGAGUCUUUUCUUGUAGAAGUAGAAUAUGAUAUGUCUUUUUUACAUCAAAUGGAAACUCGGAAAAAAUUCGAGCCCCAAGACGGGAUUCGAACGCACGAACCCACGACCCUCCGUGAUCUGGUCAGAUGCGUUUUCCACUGAGCUACUGGGGAACUCAAUGGAGAGCAAGGGUGAAAUGUGGGUCUUUGACUAGAACUGCAUCACGCAGUCAGUCCGGUGGCUUAUUACAUUUUGCCUGAUCUUGCCCCAUAUUAGCUAAUCCGAAUUCCGAAAACUCGGAAAUUUUAAUUGUGUGCUUUUAUUAUCAUGAAGUGAUAUCACCGUUGUUUGUUUGCAGCCACCCUUUAUAAACGUCCAGUUUACUUGGAAUGGAGCUAGCAAGCCACCGGGUAGCAGCUUUUACGUGGGUACAAGCCCUGCAUUUGAAGUGGCGCUUUACACAGCAUGCUUCUUUGGUGAGCCAGGUGACUGCACCUGUAAUGUGGACGGAAAGCAGCUUAUGAUAAAGACCAUCAACUUUAACAAUGCUGGAAUGGUGCUCACCUCUUAUCCUGUAGCAUAA